AUGGCUGUAGCUAUAGUCCUACAGUGCAGCAGCCAUCGUACGCUCCUGCUGCUGCUACCGCUAAUGCUGCACGCAAGCCCUUGCUUUUAG